AUGCUCGCCCUCUCCGCCCUCGUCACCCUCCUUCCCGCCCUUGCGUCCGCCGCGACCUGCGUGCAGUUCGACUCGGACAAGAACCUCUACGCCUUUGGAGGCGAGCAGGACGUCGCCCUUGGCACCGCCGACACUUGGGGCUCGCCAAGCCCCCGCACGCUGCAGGCCACCGGCCGCCCGCCGUUCACCGGAAAGAACAUGCAGUGCAUGCUUUCCCAGAAUGCGAACGCUCUCUAUGUCCUCGGAGCAGACGAGAGCGACCAGAGCGCCAUCUACAUCUAUGACUUUGCGGGCGAUGCGUGGAGCAAGCAGGAGUCGAGCAGCCCGCCGGAGGCGAUCGGCAACUCACGCUCGUCCGCCAUCCUCGACCACGACACGAAUGUCAUCUUCACCCUCACGCCCCAGGGCCAGCUCUGGCAGGCUGACAUGAGUUCGAUCAAGAACGUUGCUGGCGGCUCCGUUCCAUGGGAGAACGUCCGCACGCCCAAGUGGUUCAAGGAGGGCUACAAGGUUACCGCUGCCCAGGCCGCUAACCACAUCAACUACUUUGGUGUGCCGGACACGCCCGAUGCGACCGCCGAGGUCUUCGUCAUCCACUAUGCCUACUUCCAGAACCAGACGCAGCUGUACCCCACGCAGAACAACGGCGUCAGCUUCCCGAACCGCGCGGGACAGGCGACCAACUUCAUGUCGCCGGACGACAGCGCUCCUUUCCAGAUGCUCUACGUCCCGGACGACUUUAGCCAGACGUACGUUGUGACGCACUGGACCAACCCCGGCGACUAUCUUAACACGACUGGUGCGCCGAUGGGCGCGGCCCUGAUCAACUCUACUCAGCUGCUGCCGCCCCCAGAGCUCAAGGAUGUCGACGCCGCGUACGCUGCCAGUGUCAGCGACGUUGUACAGAUCAACAACAAGGGCGAGAUCUACUACAUCCAGAACGCCGUCACCAAGUACAACGUCGACUCGGAAGCCAAGUGGCAGAAGCUCAACUACGAGUACAAGGUGGCCGAGGAGGCCAAGCAGAAGGCUGAGAACGACAGCAAGGCUGACGCCUCGUCUGCCUCUGCCAUCUCCAGCCAGACCAGCGCGUCGGCUGCCGCCUCUGCCUCCGCUUCCCAAGCCGCUGCCGCCGGCAACAAAGACGCUGGUGGCGCCAUUGGUGUUCAGGCCAGCGUCGGCCUCACGCUGACCGCUCUCGCGGCUGGUCUCGCCUCCCUCUUGUAA